CAUAAAAUUGCAUUUGAUCACUAAAAUGGUAAGACAGUGCAUAAGGUUUCGUUCUCACUCACGCUAUAAUUUCUCGUAUAGCAUCUAUUUUUCUGCGUCACGCAAUACCACUUUGUACAUGUAAGUGUUAUGCUGAAAAAAAUAUGCGACAAAUGCUACUUGAGAUAGUGCGAGAGUGCGAGAAUACCAAUUUGACUUUAGGACAGAUAUAUUGUUACGGAGAUAGCUAUUUCGUAUUUGAUGAUUCCUAAUACUUAAUAAUUUUCGAAGAACUUGGCAAAGAAACCGAACAGUAUACGUGCAGCCUGAGUCACUUGUACUACAGUUCUCGAGCAAAAAGCUAGGAUAUAGACUACAGACCAUGCUGGUACAUGUUCUGCGAGAAUACAAUGUUAAUAAAAUAUUUUUGUCGCACUUAGGCCUCUGGCCGUUCCAAAGUAAGCUUGUCAGAAAUUUCUUGCCGAUCUUUUGUCUCGUGCUCGAAAUUAGUUACUUUCCAUUCGAGAUAUUAAUAUUAUACGAUCAUCAAGAUGAUGCGCAAAUGGUUUUCGAAGGUUUCUAUCAACUGGUCAUAUCGACUGCCUUUCUAGUACGGCUGUGGAAUGAAAUUUGGAAUCGCGACAAGUUUCAAUGUUUGUACGAGGCCAUGAACGAUCACUGGAAUAUAUUCACAAACGAUUUAGAAGUUCGAAUUCUGAAAGAAUAUUCCACCAUAUCACGAAAGUUUACGAUAUUUUAUUCAAUUACGAUGUAUCUUCUGAGUUCAAUGUUUAUAGUGAUCCCGUUGUCAUCGGUGUUCUUAGAUAUCGUGAUGCCUCUUAAUGAAUCGCGUCCGCGAAUUUUGGCGAUCGACGUCGAAUUUAGAGUAGACGUUAACGAAUACUUCAUGCCACUUUUUUGUUACACCACUGCAAUCAUUGUGGUGGGUAUGAGCAUUAUGGUGGCUGCCGACACAAUGCAUUUCACAUGCACUACUCAUGCGUGUAGCUUGUUCUCAAUUAUCGGUAAGCAAAUUGAAAAUAUUGCGUUGGAACGAGAUGUGGAAAUAUGUGGUGGUUCCGCGAGUAAGGAGCUUAAGUUGUCGGAUGAGCAGGCGAUUUAUCAGAAGUACAUUAUAUGUUUAAAAAAAUAUCAGCUUGCAUUAAAGUUUGUCAAUAUACUAAAUUCAACGCACCAAACUGUUGCAGUGUUCUUUUUAUUAUUGAUUGGUGCAACCUUAAGUCUGAUUGGAGUUCGAAUUGUCUAUGUCUUAAAUCAAAUGGAAGAAAUGAUUAGAUUUACGUUUAUAAUCAUGGGAGCGUUAUUACAAUUGAUGAUAAUGUGUUACUCUGGUCAGAAGUUAAUGGAUGAAAGUCAGAAUAUAUUCUACCGAGCAUACGCGGCCAAAUGGUAUAUAUAUUCGCCGAGGCUAAAAUCGCUGUUAAUUACAACAUUUUAUCGGAGUUAUACACCGUGUUGUUUGACGGCAGGUAAACUAGUUCCGUUGUCGAUGACAACUUAUGCCGCGGUAAUACGAGCGGGUAUGUCUUACUUUACGGCAUUCUUAUCGAUCAAAGAAUAAUUAAUUUCGAGCGACUCAAAUGAUU